UCACUAUAUUUACUUUAUCGUUUAUCAAUUACUGACUUAUUCAAUUUCCGAAUUGCCUUGGGGAAAGAAGCAAGGACAUUGCUCGAAGUUAUUGGUUCUAUUAUUACACAUACAGAAACUUUAACGUUGUUCAAUUAAUUCAUUUCUAACAACAGUACAAACGCACGAAAUUCCAUUAAAAUGUCUUCGAUUUACUCGGACUUAUCAGAGGAAAAUCCGAGAAAACUUAUACCUGAACUGUGUCGCCAGUUUUACAAUUUGGGAUGGGUGACGGGAACAGGAGGAGGCAUAAGCAUUCGUUUAGAAAACGAGAUUUAUAUUGCCCCAUCCGGCGUACAAAAGGAAAGAAUUCAACCCGAAGAUCUCUUUAUCCAAACAAUUAACGGAGAAGAUAUCCUGACACCCCCAGAAUAUAAAAAACUGAAGAAGAGCCAAUGCACUCCAUUGUUUAUGCUAGCGUACCGUCUUUUUGAUGCUGGCGCAGUCAUCCAUACGCACUCGAUAAAGGCCGUCAUGGUCACGUUAUUAUGGCCCGGCAAAGAAUUUCGUUGUACGCACUUGGAGAUGAUUAAGGGAAUCUACAACUAUAGGCUACAGCGAUACCUUCGGUACGAUGAGGAGUUAGUUGUUCCGAUUAUCGAAAACACGCCACUGGAAAAGGAUUUGGAAAAGGAGAUGAACAGAACGAUGGAAUUGUAUCCAGGUGCAUCUGCUAUUCUUGUUCGACGCCACGGCAUAUAUGUGUGGGGAGAUAAUUGGCAGAAGGCAAAGGCUCAGACCGAAUGCUACGAUUACUUAUUUGAAGUUGCAAUCGAAAUGAGAAAGUGCGGAUUCGAGCCGAAUGAGAAUCCGGACAAAUUGCACAAAGAGUAAUGGGAAGGAAAACUUAUAUCGAAAAAAAUCGCAUUUUAGUUGUGUGUGUGUAAAAUUUAUGAAUAAGAAUGAUAGAGCCGACUUCUAUGUUGUACUAUAGAAAAGCGAAAAAAGUAAUUUUUACCCGAACAAUAAAAUAUGUGACCAACGAACUUCUAAAUGACCAAAUAUAUACUCGUGUUUACUAGAAA